AUGACAAGUACUGCCACUCAAAAUAACUCCCAGCUCGUUGGCCUAGAGCCUCUCUUCCGGAAUGAUGCAAGUCCUCCUAAGUUUAGUGAAAAAUGGAUGUGGGCUAGGGACGCUAGCGGAGGGCAGAAGCCGCAGCAGUUCACCAUAAAAAAGAGGUUGGGAAAGGGUAGUUUUGGAAUUGUAUCGCUUAUAGAACGUGAUGACAUUGUGCAGGGGAAGUCGCUACCGUAUGCUGCUAAGGUGGCAACGAAGAACAGUGGUGAAGGAGAAGAGACAGACAGUAAAAUAAAAGGGUGUGCGUGGAGUGAAGCAUGCAUUUUACCGCAACUAAAUCACAAACAUGUGAUUAAGUGCUUCGGUGCAUUCGAGAAUGAUACUUCCUGGAUCAUUGUCCUUGAAUACAUAUCGGGAGGUAACCUAUUCGAGCGCCUUGAGAGCGCAUCUAAAUUCUCGGAGAAACACGCUGCACAUUACAUUAAGCAAGCUCUUGAUGCUGUGAAGUAUAUUCAUUCAAAAGAUAUAAUGCAUAGAGAUAUAAAAACGGAAAACUUCCUGAUCAGAGUGAAACACAGCUCGCCUUCAGAUGAGGAAAUCGUCCUCAGCGAUUUCGGAUUUGCAAGUUCCAAAAAUAAGGAGUAUAUUGGUUGUGGUUCACCUGUCUACACUGCCCCAGAAAUUUUCAAGAAAUUCGCAGAUAUGGUUGGAUUCUAUAAGAAUGAAGUAGACAUAUGGUCCAUCGGGUGA